AUGGGACGAAGGAAAAGAGUAGCAGAAGAUUUACCCAUCAACAGAGAAGAACAAGAAGAAUGGCAACCCACAGGACCCUGCAGAUUCCAACAGCUUCCACAGGCCUUAGUCAUCGACAUUCUCUCAAGGCUCUUGGUCAAGCCCCUCCUCAACUGCAGGUGCGUAUGCAAAUCCUGGCUUUCCAUUAUUUCCGACCCUCAAUUUUCCUUUGUGCACCUUCCUAAAUCACCCAUUGGGAUACUGAUCAAUACCAACCCUGAAAAGAGGACAUCAAGGAUAAUUGAUUAUACCCAAAUUGAAGAAUCUGCUGAUUCUCAAUUCCACCUUGAGAAAAUGAGAUUUAGUACCAAGAAUAGCUUACCACCCCUUUCUUGUUUUGAGUUGAUCAACUCAUGCAAUGGUUUGCUUCUUUUGGCUGAGGUUGGUCCCAAUAUAGAUGGCCCCUUCCCCUUGUAUGUGUGCAAUCCGAUAUUGGGUGAAUUCAUCGCUCUUCCGCUUGCUAAUGAGGGGAGGCUGUACUGUAGCUUUAUCGGACUUGGUUGUAGUGCGGUGACCAAGGAAUACAAGGUGCUGCAAACAUGCGGAGACUACCGCAAGGAUGAGGAUGGGGCUCGGAUAUACACAAUUGGUACAGGAGUUUGGAAAAGCAUUGGGAAAACUCCUCAGGACUUUGCUCAGUUUGCACCAUUCAAUGCUGUUCUGCAUGGAGCUCUUCAUUGGCUUGCCUCCAGUGGAAGAACAUUGGAGUUGAUAAAUGCAUUUCACUUUGAAACAGAAGAGUUCCGCACACUACCCCCACCUGGUUCCUUUACACCAUUUCAGAAGCAAUUUAAAGACUGUCUGAAAUUGGGAGUGUUUGAUGGUUGUCUGUUUAUAUGUGUGUAUGGUUAUGAUUCAAGUAAGUUUGACAUGAAAUUGGGAGUGUUUGAUGGUUGUCUGUUUAUAUGUGUGUAUGGUUAUGAUUCAAGUAAGUUUGACAUGUGGGUUAUGAAGGAGUAUGGUGUCCAAGAGUCUUGGAGAAAAACUCUGGUCGUUGAAGGCUUGUAUCCAAGGCAACUUGACAAUGAUGUUUAUGAGCCACUGGUGUUUUUGCGAAAUGGGGAAAUCCUGUUGUCCUACAUUGACUGGACUGUGACAUACUCAAAACACUUUGUUGGUACUUAUAAGGGUUCCAAGGAUAAAAUGAAACAGUCAAUUAGCAUUUACCCAAAGGAAGACUUCGUUCAUCUGAGAGAUAAACAACAGAUUCGGGUAAGAGACAAAAAGAACUCUAAGAAGGCCUCUGGUGAAGGGAGCAGUGGCUGCGCCACUGCCAAUUCUGGCAUCCCCAAAAAGUCCAAAAAACUUAACUCAGGCUCUGGAUUGCCAGCUUAA